GGGAGGGAGCGUGCAGGAUGGUGGCGGCGGAGGCGGCGGCGGCGGCAGCGCCAAGCGGCGGCAGCGGUUAGAAAAUGGCGGACUUCGAGGAGCUGAGGACACAAACAUGGUGACCCUUUUAAGAAAACGUUGCCUACUAAGACAAGCAAGAAACAUAGCUAAGAAACAACAACAGAAAUCUACCUCACCAGCUUCUAACCUACAAAAUAUGGUAUCAAGUUUUCGGGUCUCUGAAUUACAAGUGCUGUUGGGCUUUGCUGGACGUAAUAAAAGUGGUCGGAAACAUGACCUCCUGAUGAGGGCAUUGCACUUGCUGAAGAGUGGCUGUAGCCCAGCAGUUCAGAUAAAGAUUCGAGAACUGUACAGGCGCAGAUAUCCCAGGACAAUAGAAGGUCUUUCUGACUUGUCUGCUAUAAAGACUUCAGUCUUCAGUUUGGACAGUAGCUCAACUCCUGUGGAACCUGAUUUAGCUAUUGCUGGACUUCAUCCAAUACCAUCUACGUCAGUCACGCCUCAGUCCCCUUCUUCACCUCUUAGUUCAGUCUUACUUCAAGAUACAAAGCCACACUUUGAGAUGCAGCAACCAUCACCUCCAGUCCCACCAGUGCAUCCUGAUGUUCAGUUGAAAACCUUGCCAUUUUAUGAUGUACUUGAUGUUCUCAUCAAACCCACAAGCCUAGUACAGAGCAGUAUUCAGAGAUUUCAAGAGAAGUUCUUUAUCUUUGCUUUAACACCACAGCAAGUCAGAGAAAUCUGCAUUUCCAGGGACUUCUUGCCAGGAGGCCGAAGAGAUUAUACUGUCCAGGUUCAGCUAAGAUUAUGUCUGGCAGAAACAAGCUGUCCUCAGGAAGAUAACUACCCAAGUAGUUUGUGCAUAAAAGUAAAUGGGAAGCUCUUUCCUUUGCCGGGAUAUGCUCCACCACCCAAAAAUGGUAUUGAGCAAAAGAGACCUGGACGUCCCUUGAAUAUUACAUCUUUAGUCAGGCUAUCCUCUGCAGUGCCAAACCAGAUUUCUAUUUCCUGGGCAUCUGAAAUUGGAAAGAAUUACUCCAUGUCUGUGUAUCUUGUACGCCAACUUACUUCAGCAAUGUUGUUGCAAAGGCUAAAAUUGAAAGGUAUUCGCAAUCCUGACCAUUCCCGGGCACUAAUUAAAGAAAAACUCACAGCUGACCCAGACAGUGAAAUUGCUACGACCAGUCUGCGAGUAUCAUUAAUGUGUCCUCUGGGAAAAAUGAGGCUGACAAUUCCUUGCCGUGCUGGUACUUGUACCCAUCUGCAGUGCUUUGAUGCAGCUCUCUACUUACAAAUGAAUGAGAAGAAGCCCACUUGGAUAUGUCCUGUGUGUGACAAGAAAGCUACAUAUGAGAGUCUCAUAUUGGAUGGGCUGUUUAUGGAAAUUCUAAACGAAUGUUCAGAUGUAGAUGAGAUAAAGUUCCAGGAAGAUGGUUCCUGGUGUCCAAUGAGGCCAAAGAAGGAGCCUUUGAAGGUGGUUGGCCCACAGUGCAGCAAAAUAGAAAGUUCCAGUGUAGUCAGCAAGCCAUGCUCCACGCCCAUCAGUGAGGUCAGCAAAAAGAAAGUUGAUGUCAUUGACCUAACUGUUGAGAGCUCAUCUGAUGACGAAGAAGAUGCACCUUCUAAGAGGAAAUGUAUAUAUAUGUCUGACACACAAGCAAGUCCAACCAAAGGGGUGCUCAUGUAUCAACCUUCUACUGUACGAGUUCCUGCGGUGAGCACAGUGGAUCCUACUGCUAUUCCACCAUCAUUAACAGAUUACCCUGUACCAUUCCAUCACCCACCAAUAUCAAGUAUUUCAUCAGACUUGCCUGGCUUGGAUUUUCUUUCGUUAAUCCCAGUUGAUCCACAGCAGUACUGUGCUCCUAUGUUUUUGGAUAGUCUCACCUCGACGUUGCCAACAAGCACCACCCCCGGCAACAUCAUCACCUCUACCAGCCACCACGAGAGCAGCACUCGCGUUAGUUCCUCAGGCCGCAGUGAGACAGCAGUCAUCACCAGCAGCGGAAGCAGCAUUCCCGACAUCAUCUCCCUGGACUGAAAACUAGCACAAUCAGCUAGUCUGGAAUGGCACAGAGCUGCUCUUUUUGCAUGUGUUAAUCCAUGGACCAUCCAUUGCUUAGACUUACAUUUUUGAGUAUUUAUUGAAGGAAAAAAGAAAGAGCUUUGAAUUCUGUUACCCUCUAAUGUGGAUCAACGACCCCCACUGGAAGAAGAAAACUGACUGGAAGGAUGGUGUAUAUAUUUUAUGACAUCUUGAGGGUUUUUCUUCUCUUUACUUGGGAAAAAUAUGAUUUAUUUUUAAUCAAGUUUGCCCUCCAAGAUUGCAGUGAAGAAAACUGACACAGCUUUUGCUGUGUGGAUUCCAGGAUGGAUUCCCCGUAUGAAUCUUAAUUUUGUUACAUUUAGCAAUAAUAUAAAAACAUUUUAAUAAAUAUAUAAAAGCACUUAAUCUGGAAUGACAGAAGCCUUUGUUUAUCCCAGAUGUAAGGACAGGAGAAAGGAAUCACGUAUAUUUGAAUUUUUGACCUUUUGCUGAGGCCUGGAAUAAACGUUUGGUGGAGAGGUUGGAGCUUUGUGAAAUAACAGUUGCGUAACUAUGUGCUUGCCUUUUCCCCCAUCACAUCACCAUCUUUUUCGCAGAUGUGGACUUUUUUGGAUUUUGAAGAUCAUGCUGCUUUGACUGUUCAAUUUCAAAUGCAAAAAAAAAAAAAAAAGUGCAAGGAUUUGGGGGUUGUGGGGAAGAAGAAUGCUAUGCAAACUCAUCCAUGUGGCUAUGUUUAUAAAAAUGUGAAAAGCUAGCAACUAGCUUUUCAGGACAAGCUUUCUCCUUGGAAAAAAGGAAAGUCCUGCAAAAUGCCCAGAAAAUCAGAUUUGAGUUUCAACUUAUGCUUCUGAUGAGUUACCUUGUAUUUGUACUAGAUUUUGUGUCUCCAAAAGAAUUGCAGACAUUAUGAGGGUGGAAACUGUUCUCAAAACUGCACAACGAAUAUCACUUGAAUACGCUGCUGCUAGGAAGAUUUUUUUUCUCUCCCCCUAGGUUAUGUGUGAGAAAUGUAUAAUUAACUAUAUAGAUGAAGCAGAAUCUCACACUAAGUUUGUUAAUCUUUAGUGGGGGGGGGGGGCACAACUGAAGAGGCAAAUGAAUGCCUUGAUCACUAUGGGUGCAAACUGUUUUCAUAGCCAGACCUGAGAACUAUCAAGUACAAAGAUGUAUGCCUGGUGCACUGUUAAAACCUUCACUGUGGAAGGUUACAUACAAAGCAGAAGAGCACUAUCUGGGAUUGCAUGUUCUCUGGGAGGAACUCACAAUAUACACUAUUUAAUGCUGCAUAUACAUACAGCCAUACUGGCAGUUAGGAUGGAACUCAUGUGGACCAUCCCUCCAUUAGAGCCCGUGCUCCUUCAAAUCAUAGAAUUAUAGUUAGAAGAGACAACAAAGACUGCUGUACUUUUCAGUGGUUACACAAAAUAUUUUACUAGUGUAGCAAGGAUUGCAAAAGCAGGGUACCCUAUAGUUCCUUCCUAUAUCUUGGUAAAAGAUAAGCAUGAGCCAUAAUGUGGAAAGGCUAUCCUUGCUGUUUCGGGAUCGUCUCUCCUUAAUCCUCCCCAUUUGAAAAUUUUGGCAACUCAUUUUUACUGUUUGCAUUUAUGUCCCUAUGUAACCGAAACUUCAGUACAGUAUUGAUCUUUAGCUAUUAUAGGCAAGCCUUGUUUUAUGAACCAUGCAUAAGAGAUGCCUAAAUGACUGCCAGUAUGGUUUUCCUUUUUCUCAUAUGACCACCAUCCUAAACCAGUAGGUUAGCUCCUGUGAUGGGUUUUGCAUUGCUUCUCGUUUCCAUGUGUGCAGAUUUUGUACCAAUUAAAAUAACCUGGUAUCUUUGAGCUUUCUUAAAGCCAUAUGUUUUGCUAGUUGGUUUCAGUUCUUAUGUUCUCUCCCCCCCUAUUCUGUGACUCACCGUGUAACCAGAGAAUUUGUGUUGCAGUUCUGCAGACACCAGGAAGUGACAGAUUUACUAUAUCAGGGGAUCUCAUCUCUUAUUCUUUUCCCCCAUAUCUGAAAUGUACCUUUUGGAAACAAUCGAUUCUAACCAUAUUCUUAUACUAGUUGACAGAAAUUAAUGCUUGCAAAAUAUAGGAUUCAAUUUGCAAGAAUAUUUUCCAGCUGUAGUGCUUAUCAUGUGUUAAACAAGUGGCAGUAAAUAUUGGAUAAAUGAACAAUUUUAGAGACCAUUAGAUUUCCAUAAAUGGAACCUGAUUUCAUAUGUUGGAUGGCACCUAUAAUCAAGUGAAGCAGCCUGAUUAUAGAGUAGACAGAAUCCCACCAGAUAAGCUGUUCAACAACACAUUUAUUUCUCACUAGGUGAACAUGACAUAAUUGCUAGAUGCUGGUUUGUGUUUUGUUCAGCUUUGUAUGUUCUGUUUUCCCACUUCUCUCCUGGCUUUGUGAAGCAAUCCAAUUCCAUGAUGAAGUUGGGGUGCUGUAAUAAUUCCCUCACCUCAAUGAGGCUGCUGUUACAAUUUGUCUAGGAAGUUGUCCAGAGGUGGAAUACCUUCCUUCAAGCCUUUACGUUUGCGUGUUUCAGCCACAACUUGGAAAGGACGUGAAUUGGCAUCAUAAGGGUCUCCAGGCAAAAUCUGCCAGUGAUCAAAAACGCACUGUGGGAAAGCCUGACCGCCUGUAUUGGAUCUCAAAUCAGCAGUAAAACC